GUUUUCUUCUUUUUAAGCCUUGGCUGACUCGUCUGUACCAACAGAAUGUCAAACAAAGAGAGGACAACAAAGCUUUGCAUGAGUCUAUGCAGACUGCCGCAUCCAAUGCCACAGUUGAGCUACAAACAAAGGACAAGCGGAUCCGUCACCUGGAGAGAAAGGCAAUCUUCCAUCUUUCAAUUGCGGAAAAACUCCAAGCUGAUGCGUAUUUUAGAUACAAUCAUUGCGGGAUGAACGUGCCUCCAAGGCCCGCGAAUUCUCCGUGGCGCAGGAGCACAUUGGUCGUCUCAUGACGGUGAUGGGUUUCAAACCCGACUCUGCAGAGACCAAAGCGUCUAGCAAACAACAGCGAUCUCAAUCCACUUUGGAGCCCACGCAGAUUAAUCCGAUGCAGCGAGCAAUCAACCCGGACGACGAUAGAGCUCCAGCCCAGGCCGACCAUUUGUUCGGCGAUUCCUUUGCUUCCGAAACCCCCAACCCCAACGGUCGUAGCCCCAAGCGACUACGGGGAAAUUCAAUCCCGUUGGAUUUGACCCCUGCGCCGUGUAACCGUAACCACGACCCAACACCAAACGCCCUACUUUCCCGAAGCCGCACCAGUCUAUCGCAACGUGAACGCAGACCUCAGCACGACAUUGACGAAAAUUCUCAAGCAGCAUCGCAGCGGACUCCUAGGCAGUCGCAGGGCCAGAAUCAAUUUCCGGAGAGCCAAGUCGAUAUCAAUAGGAACAAACUUCAAGAGCUUGACCUGGAUAUAGAUGUGGAAUUCACCAAGGAUUUCCUUUUUACGAGUACUUCUCUAUCAGACGCAAAUGACCCGGGGUCGCCAUGAUAUGUGCCACGUCCGAUUUAAUGUGUAUAAUUUAUUUUGCAUGACAAGCACCUUUUUUAGUGUAAGAUGAACUGUCAAUGUCUGUUAUGUUUUCUUUACAUCUGAAGGAUCAUUAGUUUUCAUUCCUGUUUUUGUUCCUUUGUCUCUUCUGUCCAUUGGGGACCAUUAGGACAUUCUCUUGCCUAUCUCAAGCUCCCGCUGCAAGAAGC